UGACUGUGGGUGGUGCGUGUACUAGGAGCCAUUCAAAGGCUGCGAUUGACAUGAGACAAGUCGUCCCUCUGCUUAACCAGUAAACGGCAAAUCACGUCUGGGUCUCGGGAAAUAUCAAUGCAAGACAAACAUCGACUUUUGAGUCAUGUCUUAAAGCAGACUUCCAUAACUGUCAGGAUGCUCUUCAUUUGAUGAACACAGAGGUUGCGCCGACUGAAUACUUCUCUCCGUGUCUGUAACUAGCUGAAAUUAUGUUCCCAGAUAUUUUGUGUGCGAUAUUAUUCAGCACCAUGCACAUCGCAUCAUCUUUGGACCUGCAUCUUGGCAUGCCAAAUGUUUGUGCUGACCAGGAGAUGUCCAUGUUGGGGGUCCGUCAGCCUUGCGUCCAGGCUUUUACCCGCAUGGUUAAGGUGUGGAAACAGGGCUGCACCAGCCACAGAUGGUGUAUGGGCUACGAGAGAAGGACAGCAUACUACACAGUGUACAGGCAGGUGUACAGCAUGGAUUCACACACAGUCUAUAACUGCUGCCCUGGCUGGACUCGGAAGGGUGGAGAGAUGGGCUGUCUGCAUAGGGUGUGUGGUGCCAAUACUUGUUUCAAUGGAGGCCAAUGUGCAGAGGCUGGGGACCAGAUAUGUCAGUGUCCGCUGGGCUUCAAAGGGACGCAAUGCCAAUAUGAUGUUAACGAAUGUGAAGUGGAUGAAGGCGGCUGUGAGGGGUACUGUUGCAACACCAUUGGCAGCUACUACUGCAAGUGUCCUGAAGGCAGCAGACUGGGACCAGAUGGCAAAGCAUGUCACGAUAUUAAUGAGUGUGAGGAGCUCAACGGAGGAUGCCAGCAAACGUGUGUCAACAUACUGGGCUCUUAUCACUGUGAGUGCAGCGAAGGCUUCCGCAUACACACUGAUGGUCGGACCUGCAUUGCUGUGAACUCUUGCUCGGUAUUGAAUGGUGGAUGUGAGCAUAAGUGCAUGGACAUGGGGAACAAUCACUACAAGUGUGGCUGUCGAAAGAACUACCAGCUUAAGAGAGAUGGGAGACACUGUGAAUUGAGGGACCCCUGUGAGGAGAGGAAUGGAGGCUGCGCCCAGCUGUGUCUUUCAGAAGGUGGCCGGGUUCACUGCAGCUGCCGACCUGGUUUUACACUGGCUGGCGAUGGCAAGAACUGUGAAGACAUUGAUGAGUGCAGCUCAGACCAUGCCAAGUGUUCCCAUGGAUGUGUCAACAUGCUGGGCUCCUUCAGCUGUGUGUGCCAUCCGGGCUUUGAACUUGGUGCUGAUGGCAAACAGUGCUACCGCAUAGAGAUGGAGAUCGUCAACAGCUGUGAGAAGAACAACGGAGGUUGCUCUCAUCACUGUGAGCACACCACCAAUGGCCCGCUCUGCUCCUGUAACCACGGCUACCAGCUGAACCAGGACAGGAAGGCCUGUGUAGAUAGUGAUGAGUGUGUCAGUGAGGAGUCCUGCUGCAGUCACUUCUGUAGAAACUACCCGGGCGGCUACGAGUGCAGCUGCAGAGCUGGCCACAGACUAAACCCAGACGGCUGUGGCUGCGAUGACAUUGAUGAAUGCCUAGCAGAGACCUCAGGCUGUGAACACUACUGUGUCAACACCCUCGGAACAUAUGAGUGUUUUUGUCGACUGGGCUUCCGCUUGGAUCAGGACCAGCACUCCUGCAUUUCUCUGUAUGGCAGAGAACUGGCGGAAGAAGAAGAAGAAGAAGAGGAAGAGGAGGAUGAGCAGCUGGAGGUCCACAGAUUACCAGACCUGCUGUUCCGCAAGGCUCCUCAGCUACUGCAGUACACAGCAGCCUUGCACUCCCGUUAUGACACUGAUGAUGAUGAUGGUAGUGAUGGUGGUGACAGUGAAAAAGAAUUAGAGAUCCAGCGGGAGCGUCGAGGAGAGCUUAGAUUGGACAGCAACAUAGACCAGGAAGAAAAACGAAAGAAAAACUUGGCCAUUUCUUUUUCAGUGUGUCUAGAUGGCUCAUUUGGGGAUGACUGCAGUGUAAGCUGUGAAGACUGUGUGAAUGGAGUGUGUAGUGAAAACAGCGACAGAUGUCAAUGUUCACCUGGAUGGACUGGGAUCAUCUGCAACGAGACUUGUCCACAAGGGACCUAUGGGGAGGCAUGUAAUGGCCUGUGCCGUUGUCAGAAUGGAGGCUUGUGUGACCCUGUUACUGGGAAGUGUUUGUGCCCCCCUGGGGUACAGGGCCUGCUCUGCGAGGAUGGUUGUCCAAGGGGUUAUUUCGGGAGGCACUGCAGAAGAAAGUGCAACUGCCCCAACAAUGGGCAUUGCCAUCGUCUGUAUGGAGGCUGCCUGUGCUCUCCAGGACUAUAUGGCCGCUUCUGCCACCUGCCUUGUCCCAGGUGGACGCAUGGUGCAGGCUGCUCCAAAGAAUGUGACUGUGUUCAAGAACAUUCCACUGGCUGUGACCCCAAAACAGGGAGCUGUUUCUGUAAGGCCGCAUACCACGGCCCACUGUGUGAGCAAGAAUGUGAGCUUGGCUUCUUUGGUGCAGGCUGUGAGCAGCCAUGUGACUGUCCAGGUGGAGGGUCAUGUGACCCCAGGACUGGAGAGUGCAGCCAGCGAUGUCCUGCAGGCCUUCAUGGAGAUAAAUGUCAGCUGGCCUGCCAAUCAUGGAGCUAUGGCGAGAGCUGCCGUCUGACAUGUGACUGUGGAGGAGCUCCUUGUGAUCCCAUAACCGGACAGUGCGUCUGUCCUGCUGGGAAGACUGGACACUCCUGUCACAAAGACUGCCCUGAUGGAUAUUGGGGGUUGAAGUGCCAGUCAUAUUGUCCUAACUGUGAGAACAGAGGCUCCUGCAACAAGCAGACUGGUGUGUGUGACUGCAAACCAGGCUUCAUGGGGAACCUCUGCCAAAACGAGUGUCCCCCAGGUUUUCAUGGACCAGGAUGUUUCAUGCGUUGUUCAUGCCACCCUGAUGCUACUUGCGACUCACAGACUGGACGCUGCGUCUGCCCUCCUGGUAAAAGAGGCCAUGACUGUGCAACAUCAUGUGAAUCUGGUUACUGGGGCCAAGGGUGCCUCAGUAAAUGCCAAUGCAAAGAGAUCUCUGUGGGCUGUGACCCAGUCACCGGUCAGUGUGCGUGUGAGGCCGGCUUCACUGGAGACCACUGUGAAAAGAAGUGCGGGAGUGGCAGUUAUGGGCGGGGAUGUGCCCAGCAGUGCCAGUGUCAGAAUGGAGCUCUCUGUGACCAUGUGAGCGGAGCCUGCACAUGUUCACCUGGAUAUGCUGGCACUUACUGUGAAAAAACUGCCAGAUCUAACCAGUCGGAUGUUUUAUCUUGGCCCACAGUGUGCCCGGACGGCUUUUACGGUCUUGACUGUGGCCAGAUGUGCGAGUGCAGGAACGGUGCCCGCUGCCACCACAUCACAGGAGCCUGCCUAUGCACCGCCGGCUGGGCAGGACCACACUGCAUUCUGGGAUGCCCAGAGGGUCAUUUUGGGGAGCAGUGCAGUCAGACCUGUGAGUGUCAGAACGGAGCCAGGUGUGACCACGUCACGGGGCGAUGCAGCUGCGCGGCCGGGUGGACCGGAGUCAGCUGCCAACUGCCCUGUCCUGCGGAACAAUACGGGGAACACUGUUCUGGCCAGUGUCUGUGUCAAAACGGAGGCUCUUGUGAUAGGGGGACUGGCCAGUGCUCCUGCCCGCCAGGCUGGACUGGAGCCGCCUGUGAGUUAGAGUGUGAGGAAGGACGUUAUGGAGAGAACUGCACACAGACCUGCAGCUGUACGAAUGGAGCGAGAUGUGACAGAGUGACAGGAAGAUGUGUGUGUCUGCCUGGUUGGAUAGGAGAGCUCUGUCAGUCAGCCUGUUCUAAGGAAUUCUUUGGAGAGGGCUGUGAGCAGAGGUGCGACUGUGUCCAUAGUACAAGUUGCCACCAUGUGACGGGCCACUGUGAAUGUGAGGCAGGCUGGAGAGGAGCCAGGUGUGACAAACCCUGCCUUCCGGGGUCCUAUGGUGCUUCCUGUGGCCAACGCUGUCAGUGCCAGGCUGGGGUGUCCUGUCACCAUGAGACGGGGAGUUGCGGGUGCCCAGCUGGACUCGCAGGGCCUGGCUGCGAGAAACCCUGUCCUGCUGGCAUGUUCGGGCAAAACUGCACCCAGCUGUGCCGAUGUUCAGGAGAUCAAGAGCAGUGCCAUCCUGUGACGGGAACAUGUAGCUGCUUACCUGGUUACUAUGGGGCACGCUGUGAGCUACGAUGUCGAGCAGGGACUUUUGGGCCAAACUGCAAGUCCAGAUGCAGCUGCAUCAAUGGUGGUCGCUGUGACUUCAGGACUGGGACUUGCUACUGUGCUCCAGGCUUCAUUGGAGCUGACUGCAGCUCAAGUUGUCUGAGUGGGUACUAUGGGAAGGACUGUGUCAAGCUGUGCUCCUGUGGGGAAGGAGGGCAGUGCCACCCAGCAACUGGGAAGUGUAUCUGUGCCCCUGGUAGGAUGGGACUAUCUUGCCAACAAGCAUGUCCUAUGGGGCGCUACGGCCUGCAGUGCAGAAACACAUGUAGCUGUCAGAAUGGGGGUCUGUGUGACCCUGUCCACGGGUCUUGCAAGUGUGGACUGGGCUGGACUGGACCCCGCUGUGACACAGCCUGUUCACAGGGAAAAUAUGGGUUUGAUUGUGCACAAGACUGUCCAUGCCUCAACAAUGGGACCUGCAACCGCUUUACUGGCACCUGCAGCUGUACUGCUGGAUACUAUGGCCACUCCUGUCAACACAGAUGCCCAUCUGGGUUCUUUGGAGUAAACUGUGCCCAUACGUGUGACUGUAACGUGGGGCAGACAUGUGACCAUGUGACGGGCCAAUGUGUGUGUCCACCAGGCCACUAUGGCCCACAAUGCCAAAGACGGUGUGAAGCUGGAAGGUUUGGACUGAGCUGUGGACAGUCGUGUGACUGUGCUGGUGAGGCCCCAUGUGACCCAUCGACCGGUCGGUGCCUCUGUCCCCCAGGAAGGACAGGACAGAGAUGUGAAAAAGACUGUGGUGGCGACCGUUUUGGCCCUGGCUGCUCCCUGCCGUGCCGGUGUUCCCACAGGGCCCGCUGUGAUGGGCUGAGUGGGCGAUGCCUGUGCCCGCUCACCUGGCUGGGCCCAACCUGUAGUGAAGCAGUGCUACACCGAAGCCCAGGACCAUUGAACUUUUCUGUGUCCCAAAGAAAGAGAAGAGCAGGCAGCAAAACCACAUAACCCAAGCAGAGGUGCAAACUCCUGACUGGGCUUUCAAACACAGGGCUUGGCUCUGUGAAGCAUUACUCAGAUCAUCUUGGUAAAGGUGAUGUUAGUAAUGCCAUGUUUUUGUGAAACUGGUACUCAGCUGUCAGAAACUGGCACUCCAUCACUGAGCCUGGAGCUUGCGAUAAUCACCCAGUGGACUUGGCAUGUGAGGGGCCCUCAAAGGACUCAACCUCCCCCAGGAUUACACAGACUUCUUAGCAAUACACACGAAUACCUGCAUCACAUUUGUGACUAUUGCUGAUUGAAAGCGGUUAAUUUGCUUUCCAGUUUGACAUUUAAUGUUUAAUUGUUAAGGGUUCAGUUUUUUUCUUAAGGGCCUUUGGACAAGACAUGUGACUGAAUCUGAGACUUUCUUGUCACUAGAGAGCCUUUACAGCCACCACCAACAUUUAGUUUUUUCUGCGUGUGUCCACAAAAAACUUGAUGGUCUGCAUAACAGAAAGUAUAUUGCUGGUGAAAAUUAAAUGCCUCUAAAACAGAUUCAGAAAUAUAUGGGCGACCUAUUUACUAAGAUCCACACACACUGCAGGCAUGAGAGCUACAAAAAUGUGGUCCAAUAGAAGAGCCAUAAAUGUUUCAUAAUAAAAAUUACCUCCAGACAUAUUUUAAGAUAUAUAAAAAUACUCUGCUUCAAAUUAUAAUUUAUGUCCGAUAUGGUUUUUCCACAAAAUGUUCAUUUCCCUUUAAAAUUACAUCAUACUUCUUCUCCAGACAUCCAGAAUCUAUCAAAUUGCAAAGAUGCUUCAACAUCACACUUGUUUAAGUCACAUAUUGCCACAACUGGCUUCCAAACUAGUUGUGAUGUCACAAAAUCCUGCUCGUACGUCCACGUCUUAAACUGCGAUUUAAGGUGAGCCGCGGAUGACUGUGGAAACAGCCUUCUAGUGUCGAACUCUGAACAUUCAUCUUUCUGCACAGUGAAGGUCAAACAUCCAAGUAACAAGAAGGAAAACACACUUUUGAGUGAAGGGGGACUUUAAAAUAAGGAAUCAAACUAAAUCUAAUUAUUGAAUUCUUUCUUUUAAAAAAUAUUUUGCUAAAGAUAUUUUCAGUCCAGUAACUGUAUACAAAUAUUGCAGGUUUAAAAUGCUGAAUUUUAUGUUAAUGUAAAUUCAGCACAACCCAUUAUGUAGUUCACUUCCAUCAUAGUGACCCACAAAACACUGAAAUGGCUCUCUGUUUCUGUCUUAUACAGAGGGAAUCGUAUUACUUACAUAUUACUUAUGUGUGUGUUUAUGUUUUCAUUUCACACAUUUUCCUUGUUUGGACUCAUACUCACCUUAACUUAUUUUAUUGCCCAUACCUUUUAUAAAUCUGUCUGUGAAGAUAUUAUCUAUCCAGAAGUUAUUUCAACAUGGCUCAUGGAAUCUGAAUAUGACAUGUACCAGCAUUACGAACGCUCUCCAUUUAUUGGCAUUGAUUGUGGGUUUUCUUAUUGCAGUGCGGUGUGCUGGUCGCGAAAUACUGCAGGCAAAAUUUGCAUGCAUUGCACUUCUUGAGAGAUCUGUGUUUAUUGAGUCAGCAGCUGAUACAGAGCUUGGGAGUCUUAUAGAAAAUGAUAAAAAAUGAUGUUAAUACUUUUUUCUGCAGUACCUGUACUUCUAUGGUUGUACAAUAUUAUAAGAUAAGAUUACAAGUCCCAGAUCACUACUGCUAUCAAUUACAAUACAUUUGGUUUAAAUGUGGGUGUUUCUCUUUUACUAAGAACUGUAUUUGUAUUAUAUCUCAGGUCAGUGCCAAUUAUAUCAGUCAUAAUCUACUGUUAUCAUUUCAUAUCAUGUCAGUGGUGCUACAUCGAUACAUUUUGUUUGUAUAAAAUUGAUAAACUCACCUUAUCUUUUCCAUUGUUUUUUACCAUCCGUGGUUGUGUUUUGAUUAAAACAAAGAAAAAAAGAGCAACAAACCAAAUAAAUAACAACAAAAACA